AUGGAUCCAAAGCUUGAGCAAAUCCUAGCCUGUGUUAUGUUACGUGAAGAACGUAUGCCAGGCAAAGCAAACUCAACCACUACUCCAAUGUAUGCCAAAUAUCAGGAAUUAUGUAUCAUGCACAACCUCAAGGAAUCCACAUGUGAAGUUUUACCUAGAUCAUUGCACAAACAUUUCAAAAUUGAAUAUAUUGCUCUCUCUAUCAAUCAGAUCAUUUGGGCUUCUUACCAGACAACUUCACAAUACCUGAAGUUUUCUUCAAUCCAACCUGAAGUCUCACCUCGAUCAUGGGACAAAGACCGCCCUUCCAAACAGAUCAUUCAAGCUUCCUACCAGUUUGGUAGAUUGUGUUGCACAAUACCUGAAGUGUCAACCUUUAUACCACCAGAGUUUACUUCACAGAUCAAAGGAAAGAAUCCAGCAUCUACCAUUCCAACACUUGAUUUAUUAGCAGCCAUUUAA